CUCCUUUCAUCUGGGGAGUCCUUUUCAUCUCCAUUGCUCCGACACUUGCCCUUAUACGGCCCCGGAUGACAUGCGGAGUCUUCUGAAAGAAGGCCGAUUCGUUCAAAAGGUGAAAGCCCUGUUCCAAGCUUACCACUCUUUUUAGUAAGCGUUCGAACAACAACAUCGACCCCUCCACUCGCCCCUCUAUUGCGCGCAGCCCAAAUGCGCCCGACAGAUAAACCAACGGGUCAAGGGGAUUGACUCGUCAAGCACCUCAUAAGUGCAGCCCAGCUUCUGUCUGAUACGACACCUACUGCAGAGAGACGUUCCCCGCAGUAAGCAAAAGAGCUAGUCGUCUGCCGGAAAUGAUACGUACGAGUAGAGGAGCUCAUAAACUGCAUAAAACUUCAAAGGUAUAUUCCGCGGGUCGAUCCCUCGGUCCCAGGUAAACAAAAUCGCAAAGAGCCCCUCAUUUCCGUCUGGCACCAUACGAAGGCACUUGCCAACGAGUUAUUUAAGAGAACUUGGGUUCGACCACAUUCUAUAUCAGUCCCCUUCUCCCCCUCCAGAUCUACUCUUACUUUACUAUCAGCACUUCUCGAACACACAGCAGUGAAUCUCUCUCACUCCAUACUUUACGAAACCACCAGAAGAAUCCCCCGAUCUCUACCUGACCUGAUACCCAACCAUUACACUCAAACUCAUUAAUCAACUAUGACUUUCCACGUCCAAGUACUCUACCCCAACGAUGAGGGCGCCAAAUUCGAUCUGGACUACUACGUCAAGACGCACAUGCCUCUCGUCGUGGAGAAAUGGUCCAAGUACGGUCUGAAGGGGUACAAUGUGACUGAGUACAAGCCUGGUCCCGACGGAGCAAAACCCAAAUAUUCCACCUCGGGUACCUUGAUCUGGGACAAGCCAGAAGAUGUACAAACCGCCAUGGGCUCGGGUGACGAUGCGGCCGCCAUCUUCGGAGAUAUUCCCAACUUCUCAAACGUACAACCAAUUAUCCUUUCUGGACCUAUUGUGGACUCGAAGUAAAUACAAGAAGCAGACCAAGCAAGACCGCAUGUUGAUAGAUGAAGAGAGAACGAACGUGAACAUUUCACAGACUACACAAUCUCAUCAUGGGCUCUCUCAACGUCAUCGUAUCUAUUCUAUUUCUUCCUCCGCUCCCCAAGCACC